AUGACCACCCGCUCGCACCGUCUAGCCCGCCUGAUCGGCCCGGCCCUCUUCACCAUCACCCUGUGCGAGACACUCAACGCGCCCAUCUUCGCGAGCAGCACCGCGCCGACGGUUUUCCUCAACGGCUCCGUCAUCUUCGUCUCCGGGCUGGCCAUCGUCCAGGCCCAUAACCUCUGGCGCCGCUCCUGGCCCGUGCUGGUCACCUUGGUGGGCUGGGGGGGUGUCGCGCUCGGGUUGGCGCGCAUGCUCGUUCCGGAGAAGGUACUGGAGAGUGUUAAAGGGGCGAGGGUGAGGGAUGUGAGGAUCGGUGCGGCGGUUGUCGCGGGGGUUGGGGCGGUGGUCUCGUGGUUUGGAUAUUUCGGAUCUUGA